GUUUGUUUUGUGCCUUUUUUAAUGUCCUUCCCCCACAGACGUGGUAGUCGUAGUUCGACAUUUUCAACGUAAAAAAAGACUUGUCGCUAAACAAAACGGAAAGUAAAAAGACACUGAAUUGCCAUUUUCGCAUAUGGAUGUGCAUGUAUUCUUGAUGUUACAUCACAUCAAGCACAAGUUCACGCCCUGGUAUUGAAGAAGAAGAAACAUACUGCAUUCUUGCGCCAUAAAGACGACCCAGACGACCCUGCGCACGAGAAUCGAGGUCGCUAUGGUGGGCAUGCUUGUCUACCCCCUGCUUUCAUUGGAAGCUUACAUCACUCUAGCAGAAGCUGCUCCUGUAAGCUUCGGCUUUGGCUCGUGCGCGAAGCAAGCUCACGCAAACCAGCCCUGGACGGAGCUAGAUCGUGUCCUACGUGAAGGAUCUUUUGGAGAGCAAGGAAGUGAGGAUGUUGGUGGAACAACAACUACGUGCCCCAAGAACGACGACCCGCAAACAAAUAAAUGCUCGUCGCCGCUGGACCGCGAGAUGGACCUUCCGGGGGGCGCCAGCACUACAACUGCCACUACGAACAAGGUGCCAUGGAUCUGGCUCGGGGACAGCGCGUACCAGAACACGACCGAUGCGCUUUCCACGGCCCAUCUCGAAGACAUGUUCUCCAAAGACAACGGGAUAAACCCCUGGUACUCGAAAUUCGCCGAAAAUCGGACCAUUUUAGGCGUCGUACGUGCGCGAAAGAUUCCAAGUCGCCCGGAAUUUCGAUCUGCGUCUGUCAUGCAUUCCAGAAAAGAGCGCAGCAAAAACAGCAGAUACGAGAUAAAGAAGCAAGAAGCUCUGGCACCCCCUGAUCAUCGCAUUUUUGAUCAAGCAAAAUUUAGAUCAAGAACUCAUCUUUUCAUGAUUGGUCACAAACCCCGGCUGCAAGCUCUAGGGAAGCAUUGUUCGCUGAAAGGGAUUUCGGACGACAUGGCUUUUGUUUCCCAUACCCAUGGGACGACCACGACUUCGGCCUGAACGACGCGAUCGGAACGUCAGUGCCGCCGGAGGAGCUCAAAGUUCGGCAGGACAAUAUGCGGGCGGUGUUUCCAGAUGUGAAAGAGUCCGACUCCAUUCAGCUGGGGCCCGGACUCAGUUUCUGGAAGCGCUUCGACGGAGAAGUCGACCUUGGAGCUGGAGCGCGGGGCAGGAACCAUGAUCAAUUUUCACAAGCGACUCCCCAAAAGCAGAAAUACGAGGUUUGUUCUUGCUGAUUAUACUAUCGAACAGAAUGAUGUUCCUGGCCUCCACAUGUUUCGUUCCAUUUGGAUCAUCCAUUGAUUCUGGUUGAAGAAUUGAUUUGCGUUUAUUCUUCGGGACAACAAGAUGCAAACAAUAACAAGCGAUGUGGACGAUCAUUUUGUGCUUUUUUCAUUACCAGGUACACUUUGUGGCGUUUGACCUGCGAAGCUUCAACGAAUUGGUGAUAACGAACCCGUUCCUGCAGUUUUUUUACCGCACCACCAACACCGGACCGGUUCACAUCUUCUGGCCGGUGAUGAAUGCGUUCGCGCGAACAGCCCAGUACUUUCUGAAUUUGUUCCCUUUUCCGUGGUUCUGCGGUUGGUGGUGGGAAAGCGGGGCGAUAUCCUGAGUAAAAACGUACCCACACCAGAGUCAGGAUGAGGAUUUUGCAACACAAACCUAGGAGUUUUGUGAGUCACGCAUGACAAGUUUCAGUCCGUAAGGUAGUGCAAGUUAGCAAGGAAAGCUGCAUCACAAAUCGACCUGCUGAUCCUGUUCACAGCAUCACAAAUUCCAAAACACGAUUGGAAAUGGCUCUCAUGGGGAUGCGCAACACAAAUGUCUUUGUCAUUGCAAAUCUGCAUUACAACUCUGGGGUGGGUACGUUUUUACUCAGGAUAGGCGAAAGCCAAAAUUCAGCUGCUCGGCGAGGAGCAGUUUGCCUGGUUCGAAAGCGUCUUGGAGUAUCAAAGGGAAAAAUCCCCCCUCCCCAUAUCGAAACGAAGUUUCUGAUGCUGGAUUUGCGUACACAAAUCAGGUCUGUCUUGCUGGAGAGGAGCGCAGGCAUAUGCCAAGCCUGCGUCGAGAGGUUUUGACGUAGGGGACUAGCAUGACAGAUGUCGUCUCUGUAAGCCCAACAGCAUUGCAAACCGCCGGCAUAAUGCGGCGGACUCUCUGGCUUUGCCUUCUUGCAAGACAGACAGGAUUUGUGACCUCAAAUCUGCAUCACAAAUUUUCAGACGAAUGCGUUUCCAAUAUGGGGAGGGGGGAUUUUUCCUCUCAAUAUGGAGGAGGUCUUCCCCCCGGAGGAAUUUUCCCCCCUGAGGAUCUAUCCUACGAAUUUUCUCCCCCUACCCCGGAAUAUCAUCGUUUUUCCAACUAUUGAGCAGGUUCGAUUUUUAUGUUUUCGAUACCUGCUCACACGUCCCGGCGACGUCGGUGCCUGAGCUGGAGGAUCUUGUUAACACUAGCUCUGGCACAUGUAGACCGCUAGGAAAUUAUACCUUGCAUACAGGAGUCAGCUCGCCCCUCAUGUUGUCCUAUAUGUAUUUGUCUACACUUAGAAUUAUGAGCAUGGCUUUCGGAUCUCGUCUUCCGGAUGAGCCGGAAUCUGAGAUCUGAGACCCACAGAUUCUGCGGAUCUGGAAAAUAAAAAUAUGGAGCAGCUCGAAAAAAAUAAAAAACUUAAGCCGCUCCAUAGUUUUGCUCACAAGUAUCAAAACAUGCGUCGCCGAAACGUGCAGCAUGCCAUGCAAGUUCAAUCUAUGCCCCCGAUCAAACUUGGCACUUUUACUGUCGUCAUGCGGCAGAUAUUUCGAUCAAGCCGCGCAUCGAGCAUGCCAUGCAUGUUCAAGCUAAAACCCCAGACACAAAACCCAAACGGAAGCAAAACAAAAAGCACGGCGCCCAUUUUCGCCAUUUUUGUCUUGCGAAAAAUACAAGCAAAACCGUCGGGGGAGGUGCCUGAGCAUGCACCUAACGGCAAACGCAGGCAAUCCAGGCUCAUUGCGCCAAAUUGCGUCACUUUUCUUGAUUUUUUCUAAUUCUUGACCGGCUCGCAAUUUUUCAUUUCACUAGGGCCGGCUCGAGUGAAUUUGUGGGCCCGCGGGUCCGGGACAUCUCCCAAAGCCUGGACCUUGACCAAACACCUAGCGAGCUCAAUUCUUCCCCAUCUGCUCCCCCAAGCGAGCUAUCUCACAUGGUUCGGAUAAAGUAAGUGGCUAGUGUGCACAAGGUCACUUCUCAACAUCGUCCACCUUUUCCCUAGCUAGUGCACAGAAUCUGUCGCUCAGGUCCACACGCUCGGGUCAUGUGACCGGGUCGCAUUUUUUUAUUUUUCAGACCUGCUCAAUAGUUUGAAAAACGAUGAAAAACCGGGGUAGGAGCAGUUUGCCUGGUUCGAAAGCGUGUUGGAGGAGGUCUUUCCCCCGGAAGAACAAGGCGGAGCUGAACUACUUCUCGGAGAAGAUGACAGAGUAGAUCAACACGAAAAAAGGAACGAGAACAAUCGUCCUACGAGCGAGGGCGGCGACCCGUCACUCGUCUCACCGAGUAAAGUUCCGAAACUGCUCGUCAUUGGCUCGUCGAUUCAGGUGCUGACGUCGAACCCGCUCUUCGAGAGCUGGAUGCACUUUGCGCGCGACAAGGAACGGCUUCUUGCGCUGUUGGAGCGUGUCAAGGAUCGCACGCUCUUUCUAUCAGGAGACGUCCACUUUGCAGAAGUAAACGCAGAGCGCGGCUUCUUUGAAGUCACAUCGAGCGGAAUCACGCAUAAGGUACCUCAGCACUUGUUGCACGAAUUAUUUUUGUAGCACUCGGUUCAUAAUUACGCGGCGAGCCGGAUCUGAUUUUCAUUUUCCACAUGAACGACUACGAACCAUUUUUCUUUUUCACCUCUAAGUUGGAGUGCAAUGUCACGCUACUAGAAAGCUGCGCGUGUGUUUCCCCAUUCUACCUUUCAUUUUCAUGCAGACCACUGUCGAUUUCAAUUCUCUUCCUCUACAUCAGCCCUUCCCCAUCGAUUUCUGUACUCACCUGGUGUUAGCAUUGUGGACUCGAGCGCGUUGGAAGGGGCCGAACGUGCAGCACAACUUUGGAGGCUUCAGCGUUAAUGAGGCACUGCUGGUAGAAAAACUGCACCAAAAGCACGCAGCUGAGAGAAGAUACCAGGACGAACUGACUCGAGUGCGACGCAACGAGGCAGUGGAAAUGGAAGAAAUGGCUGAAGCAAAAGAAGCGGACGCUGCAACACCAGCGGACAACACCGAGUCGCAUCAACCAAAAGAUUCCGUCUUGGAAUCUAUGAGAGCGGAGGCACACAGGCCCAUCGUAAUCCCGUACACCGUGGAUGUGUUCGGACUACAGCGACGGAUGGUCGGCACAACUACGGAUGAGACCGCGUCUACACCUGCAACGGCAUCAACCGCGUCUGCAGCUGGCGCGACACCUGCAAAAAUUCCUGUCCAAGAGUGGGAAGCAAGGCCGAUCCUAACCGUGACACAGUCCGAGUGGGCGCAGUACGAGAGUGGGCGGCGCAAACGGGAAGCAGAGGCGUUACGCAACAGGAAUCUGAUCACGGUGAUUACCAUCCUGUGCUUGAUUUUGGGGAGCAAACUGUUUCUGAAGUACCGCCCGCACGUGAAGUUUUGGUGGGCCACCCGGCAGCUGCAGCGGCGCCAAGAAGAGCUGAGAAAAAAACAGCGGCUGAUCGAGGCAAAUGCCACCUUGCUAUCCUCUUCGUCGCGGAAGGACGAUCCGUCAGACGACGACGGUAACAUCGGCGGCGCCGGCACACGACGAGGAGGCUCCUCUUCGUCCAGCACUUCGCUCGGUGGCAGCCGCCACCAGGCCGCGCGCGGCACAACUGAAAAUCCCCCUUCCGGAUCGAGGAGCCCUGGCACAACAAACAAACACAACUCCUCAUCUUCGUUUACGAGCACUGACCGGAGACUCUCUACUACUUCACAAAUUCCAACGCGCACAGGCAGCGCAGGCACGACCCUGCUAGAGGAUGCAGAAGCUGAUGAGUCUGACAUGGCGACGAGAAAUCGAACAAGAAAAAGAGAAACAGGCCGGCCGACGACCCCGACUGCAAUAGUGGCCGCCACAGCUCAAGAGAGGAUCAGAGGUAUAUGUAAAAAACCGUGAUGAAGAUGAUGAAGAGCACAACCAUGAUGUUUCUCCUGCUGAAUCUGAUGUAACAGAACUAAGUACAUGAUUCAUGCGACCGCAGCAGGGUUUGUUCCUUCUUUCUCACUCGAACUGCUGCUCGUUAGAUAGUAUAUUCAUAUUUUAUUGCUCCUAUUCUCUCAUGGUGUUUCGGUUUUCCAUCCACAUUCUCCUACUACCUCCUUCUGGCUGCAGGUAAUAUGAUAUCUAGGAUUCUGGAGCACUUGCCCGACUUUCCUGGGGUUCGGCGAAGGAGCGAGCGUGCGGAGCCGGAUCUUCAUGCCCGCCACGGUCCGCAGCUCCUAGAGGCAGAGGAUCUGCUUUCCAGUCCAGAUGAACACGCUCGCGACGGCGAAGAUGAGAGCUUUGCGGAGGAGGAGGAUGCCAGGGGAAGGACGACCCCAGCAGGUACCAUGCCGCGCGGCGACCACCAGCUUCAGCAAGGAACGCGCCGAAUUCAGGAAGUUGCGGUAGGAGGUUCUUCAAAUGCUACUAGCCCGGCGCCCGUGGGGCUUGGCGGACUGCCGGGCAACCGGGUUUUGGCAGCGCCAUCCGCAGUAGGUUCAAACCAGGGCGGUGCUGGGGCUCGGUACGCUUGUCAGGGUGGCAUGAGGAAACGCGGAGCAUCACCCGAACGUCGUCAAACCGCCUCGCAUGCAAAACCGCCCCGAAGUAGUGGCGGGUUCGGGGGCGGCAUCGGAUAAAAGGCUCGGUCGGUUGUCUGCAGUCGAAAGUGAGGUUCGAAGACAAAAAGAACGCCACGGGCAUGGCCACUGCAGAAACUGAGAAGAAAAAGCACCGAUCUGAGUUCUGAAAAGUUCUGCAAAGUUCUGUUGCUCUCCACUCUGUCUACCACUCCUUUUGUUUUUGUAUCUGAAUCUGCAACUUCUGCUGCUGCACAACGAGCAGGCACAGAAAAGCAGCCCCCCGUAGGAGGCCUGCAAUAGCAGCGCUGUGAUGUUCGUACAACGAGAUGCGCAGA